AUGAGGUUGAGGAAGGGGACGAGGAGCCGCGCAGAGACAGAAGAGGGGUGGAACCGCGCGACGACACGAUCGGCGGAUUUUCAGGCCGACGGUGAAUUGCGCCUCCACUGGACUGCUAUCGAUCAGGUGCUUGCGUUCGCUCUUCAAGCCCUGGCCGUCGAACCUCGGACUCCAGAAGAGCACGGUGUGGCACACGACAACCUAUCAACUCGCAAGGUCGAAUUCGACGUGUUGAGCGAGAUUUCCGAAGCCUCCCGUAAAGACCCGCAGGCGUCUAGUUAUUGGCCCUCCCACUGGAAACGAGUUCGGAAAAGGUACAACACACGCGCUUGCGCUCGUUGUCAACCAGGCGCAUCUACACCGAAGCAUUCGUCCAUUGAAGGCAGCGGCACUGAGCAAUAA